AUGAUAUUACAAGAUUUUUUUAUUUCUGGUUUACCAUCGAGUAAUGCUGAAACACCAAAACAGGCUGAACAACAAGCAAUAACAACGCUUGAACAAUCAGGAAAUGAUCAAACUCGAACAAAAAUUGAUGAGGAACCAACAUCUGUGGCAUCGUCAAAACCUACAACUAGUCAAGAUGCCGAUACAGAAGUUGAAACUCGAAUAGAUGUUUGUGUGAAAAAUCCCGAAAUCAUUUUACUUGAAGAUCAACACAAUGCAAAUUCAAAUUGUCUUGUACUUGAUUUAGCUUUACAAAUGCGUAUGAUUUCUAUUGGUAAUGAUACACAAUUAUAUGGUUGGUUAAAAAAUUUAACAGUUUAUAGUUCAAAUUUUGCUGAAUUAAGAGACUCAAACAAUUCGAGAUCAAAAAUAAAAUAUCGUAUUUUACAACCAACUAAAGCUGAUAUAUAUUUAACAAUGAAUAAUGAACGUCAAAGAAUGGAUGUGCGAAUAUCAAAUAUUAUUGUUAAUAUUGCACCAGCUGCUAUUCGAACUGUUAUUAAUGUUACGAGCUCAUUAGGAACGUCGCAAACAACUGCAAAAGAUGGAACUGAAAAACUUAAUUCGAAAUUAUUAUUUAAUCCAAAAUCUAUAACAGAUGGAAACUUUUGGUUUACGAAAGAGAAUGAAACCCAACAAAACAAUCAAUCAGAAACAGUUCAAGAUGCUUCAUCACAACAGGUAGCUAUUAAAGAAAAAGAAGAAAUACCAAAACCAUUAAUACAACAAUUAAUUUUAACAUUGGAAACAAUCGAAGUUAAACUUGAAGUUGGAUUAGGUUCAAUCACAAAAUCUGUUGUAGCUAUAUCUUUAUCAUAUUUAACUGCUGAUGUUCAAAAUUGGUCAUCAAAUAUGAGUCUUGCAUCAACAGUAAAUGUUGAAGCAGCGUUAUACAACGAAAAUACGUUGAGUUGGGAACCACUUAUUGAACCAACAAUUGUUUCUGAAGGGACAGAUGUUUCACCAUGGUGUAUUACAUGUUCAAUCUUACCUACUCUUUCAUUGACGGAUAAAACUGAAGCACCGAUGACAAAUGCACAAGAACAAAAAGGUGUUUCAUCGUCAAAAGUAAAACAAAUAAUAUUUGUACGUGUUGAUCAAUUACUUAAUAUAACAAUAACAAAAACUAGACUUAAUCUUGUUAAACAUUUGUCAGCUUUAUUUAAUGAUGUUUAUAAUAAACGAUUACCACCAAGUGAUGAUGAUGAUCUACCAAUGUUAUCUUUAUGCAAUAAAACAGGACGAGAAAUAUUUAUUAAUCAUUUAGAUGGUCUUGAAUUUGCUACUGAUUCAUCAUUACAAUCAAUUACUCUUCAAACACAUGAAUCUGUUCCAUUAAAUGUAUUUAAUGAACAUCAAAGAGCUGGAAGACUUUCAGUAAUCGAUGAACAAAAUUUUAAACGACGAGAAGAAUUUUCUGUUAAACCUCAACGUUCUACAUUAGGAAAAGAAGGCUCACAGAAUGUAACUUACACUGUAUUUAUUGAUGGUAUUCAAACAGUUUUACUCUUUUUUGACGAUGAAAAAACAAUGAAAUCAGCUUCAAAAACACUAUCAAUGGCUGAAUCUAUGGAUCAAUGUAUACAGAUUGGUAUACAUGAUAUUGGUGUUUCUAUAGUUAAUGAUAUAACACGAGAAGAAAUGCUUUAUAUAAGUUUAAAUAAAUCAAAACUUGUCUGGACUGAAAUGAAAAGUAAUCGCUGUGAAACGUUAUCACGUAGAGUAAAUGCAUAUUUGGAAGAACUAUAUACAACUCAUCUUGAACAAUGUGAAAUGAAUCCUGAUAAUAAAGAACUUCAAAAGAAAAAAUAUCAAAUGGAAGGAUUUCAAGAAGUUUCAUUUGAUGAUGAAACAGCAGAAUUAGUUGAUUCGAAAACAAAUAGAAAAAAAGCUCAACGACAAGCAUUAGAUGGCCUAUGGAUUGAAUAUGCAUGGUCAGCAUCAGAUUCUGCAAUACACAUACGUAUUAAUCGUGUACAAAUUGAUAAUCAACUUGAUUACACAACAUAUCCUGUUAUGCUUCAUCCAAGCGUUACAAAAGAAACAGGACCCGAUUAUGCUGAAAAACCUUUUAUUGAAUCAAGUGUUUAUCAAUCUAAAAUAGCACAAUCAAAUAUAAUGCAAUUUAAAUUUUUUUUUCAAAUGCUUAUUCAAGAAUUUGCUGUUCAAAUUGAUCAGGGUUCAAUUGUUGCCAUUCUUAACUUUUUAAAACCAGAAAAUACUAAUGCAGCGCCAACAAUCAAUAUGAAUACUGAUUUAGAACAAAUUCAAAAACCACUUAAUGCUAUUAUUAAAGCACAAAUUGAAAGUCCAUCGGGUGAAACCGAAAUGUUUUUUGAUAAUAUUCAUUUAUCACCACUUAAAAUUCAUGUUAGUUUUUCAAUGCAUGGAUCAAAUCCAAGUGAGGAGUUAUUAGCUGAAUAUCCAUUAGUUGGAUUUCUUUUACAAACAUUGAACGUUGCUGAAGUACAAGAUGUUAUUUUACGUUUGGGUUAUUAUGAAAGAAAUGAUCAAAAAUUUACAACAACAAAAAUAAAAAAUGAAGUUUCAUCUCAUUAUCAAAAUCAAUUUAUGAAACAAAUUCAUGUAUUAGUACUUGGACUUGACGUACUCGGAAAUCCAUUAGGUGUUAUUCGUGGUCUUGCAGAAGGAGUUGAAUCAUUCUUUUAUCAACCAUAUAAUGGUGCAAUUGAAGGUCCAUUAGAAUUUGCUGAAGGUGUAGCAACCGGUUUUCGAGCAUUAUUUGGUUCAGUUGUUGGUGGUGCUGCUGGUGCUGCUUCAAAAAUAACUAGUGCGUUUGGAAAAGGUUUAGCAAGUUUAGCAUUUGAUGAAGAUUAUAAGAUUUCACGUAUUCGACGCAAAGAACCUGGAGCGACUGCUACAUCACAUAUUGCUAUAGGAGGAAAAAAUGUUGUUAUGGGUUUUGUUGAUGGUGUUAAGGGUAUGGUAAAAAAACCAAUAAGAGGAGCAAAACAUGGUGGAGCAUCGGGUUUUUUCAAAGGUUUAGGACAAGGUGUUGUUGGUCUUGUCGCACGACCAACAGGUGGUGUUGUAGAUUUCGCUAGCACAUCACUCGAUUUAAUUAAAAGGUAA